UGUGACCUCUUGCUGGGGAAGAAAAUAUUGAGAAUCUGACGACUUGUUUAUUGUAGUCAACCAUAAAUGACUGGCUCUUUUUUAUUGUUCUGUCUGAGCUGGAAGUAUAAAGGACAUUGGUUCACAUUUUUCUAUGGAUAUGAGUUGAAUAGAUCUGGAAACCCAAUUUUUUUUUGCUCCACUUGUGGUAAAAAACCCAACUAGAUCACAUUAACAUACAUGCCAACCUUCUACUUUGUUCUCUCUCUUCCUCCAGUUCAUUGGGCUAUUACCUUUUCCAUGCAUAUGAAAUGAAUAGGGGCAAAAGUACUGUCUAAGAUCAGUAUACAGAAAAGAAAGAAAUACUUCAUUCUUUCGAUCUUUUCAUGGAUUGGGAACUGUAAUGACUGUAAAUUUAUUCAGCUGUAACUCUGAACAAUUAAAACAGAGGAGCUUAUCGUAUGUAGAUUGAUAUCCCAUGUUUUAUUGCUUAACUAAGUAUGUGGAAACUAUCGGAAAGUUUGGGUGCAGAUCUAUGAAAAGAAUUAAGACGGAGGUUUUUUUUCCUAAGUGGAGUUAGAUAAUCACUGAUAGUGCUCUAGUGUAUUAUGUCUUCUCUCUCUCUCUGGGGAUGUAAGAUUGUAGCUGCAGUAAAAAAUUUGCUUGCUUGUUUGAAAAAGUAUGAAGCUAUCUUUCUGGACAGCUCACUUGUAUGAAAAAUUCCUGCAACUCUGUUGUGUCAAUAAUAGUUAUAUGUGAUAACAGCUGAUUUGUUGUUGAAGUCUGGUUGUAUAGCUUGGGUACAAGUCCUCCCAACUGCUUGAAAAUUGUCUUCGCUCUGUGCAACUUCCAAACUAACAAUUGGUUGUUGUUCGUGAGGAAAAAAUGCGUGAAAAUAUGAACUUAAUUUUUAGUUGAUGCUCUUGAUGAUUUCACUUAGGAAAGCCAUCUACUCCAGACUUUCUAGGAUUUAGGCGGCUAAACUCUGGUAUUGUGAUUUAUUGGCAUGUUUACUAAUCGACUCUAGGACACCAUAGUGUGAAUGCUGGGACGUAAUGAGGGAUGCUCCUUUGAGAUGAGAGAAUGCCUUGGAAGCUGUUGAAGGAUGCUGAAUGAAAUGUCAUUGGAUGACGAAAUCUCUUUUGUUGCUUGGGGAUGAUGCCAUGCUUUCUUAAAUAAUUGAAUCUACAAAGUAGUUCUGAAUCUUCUGAGGUGAUUGAUGCUACAUAGUUGGACGUGAGUCUCGGUUCAAUGGCAUCAUAUCAGUUACAACUGAUCUGUGAUUUCAUUAUGGUGCUUGAUGCAGAAUAACUGGCCCUCUGUUUUGUUUGCAAUGUCGGGUGGGGUGGUGCUCAGCAUUGGCAACCUAUCUACUCAGUAUGCUUGGGCUUUUGUUGGUUUAUCAGUGACGGAAGUGAUCACUUCAAGCAUCACUGUGGUUAUAGGCACAACCUUGAAUUACUUUUUGGAUGACAAAAUCAACAAAGCUGAGAUUCUUUUCCCUGGUGUCGGUUGCUUCUUGACUGCGGUUUGUCUUGGCUCUUUUCUUCAUGCAUCCAAUGCAGCUGAUAAUAAAAAAAAGCUUGAAAGUUUGUCAAGUGAUUAUACAGUUGGAGCCGAGGCUACAGAUGUUUCCACGUCUAAAGAAACAGUUACAAACAAUGUUGGAGCGAAGGAUCUCGAAAAUGGAAGUUGUUCUGCAGGGAAAGCCAAAGCUGGGACUGCAGGUUUUCUCAUAGCACUUGAGAACAGAAGAGCAAUUAAGGUGUUUGGGAAGAGCACCUUGAUUGGACUGACCAUAACUUUCUUUGCUGGUGGCUGCUUCUCUCUAUUCACACCAGCAUUCAAUUUGGCAACAAAUGAUCAAUGGGACACUUUAAAGGAAGGGGUUCCUCACUUGUCUGUCUAUACAGCAUUUUUCUACUUCUCAGUCUCCUGUUUUGUCCUUGCCAUCAUUCUGAACAUCACCUUCCUUUACCACCCUGUACUAAAUUUACCCAGAUCAUCACUUAAGGCUUAUGUGAGAGACUGGAAUGGCCGAGGCUGGGCCUUUUUGGCUGGAUUUUUGUGUGGGUUUGGCAAUGGUCUCCAAUUUAUGGGGGGUCAAGCUGCAGGAUAUGCGGCUGCAGAUGCUGUUCAGGCACUUCCACUUGUGAGCACCUUUUGGGGAAUACUUAUCUUUGGAGAGUAUCGGAAAUCAUCAGGAAGGACAUAUGUAUUACUUGUCAGUAUGUUGUUUAUGUUUAUUGUAGCUGUUGGAGUUCUUAUGGGAUCAUCAGGGCAUCGAAAAUAAGUAGGCUGCCGAAAGGGCAUUGCUAGAAAUUCCACCUUAAAAUUAAUUGCACUCCUCUUGUAUUUCUGGUUGAUGCAUUGCUAUGUCGCGGGAUGCUGGUUGAUCAUGUGAAUGUCCAUCUAUUCUGAUCAAUAUUGGCUUCUGCUGUCCAUUUUGAGUGUUGAGACAGCAUGUAUCUUUUAGGAAUAUGCAUAGUAAAUUACACUGUA